AUUUUCUUUAAAAUCCUGAAUGUUAAAGUCAUUUAGUUCAUAUGUCUGUGCUUGUGCUUCACUUUUUAUUAACGCACUAAUAAUUUCAUUGAAAUCAUCAUCAAGCUGAUCAUCUUCAUCUUCAUCAUCAUCCGGGGCGGUAUAACUGGUUAAUUGAGAGACUUGAAUAUGAAGAAGAGAGUAGCAUGGAAAUCAAUAAACUCUUUGAGACUUUUAAAUUUGAACAGAUUGAAAGUGGGCAUUUCAACCCAUCAAUAAAAUGUCAACUUUUUGUUGAACAUAUGUUGAAUUUAUUUCCAAACAUAAAAAGAUGCAGAAAAAGAAUGAAUGGAAAAUUUCUGGUUAUCUAUAAUGGAAUUUCAGUAAAGCAACUUCCAGAAUUGAAUGAAAGAAGUUUACAAUUCAAGACUACUGUGGAUUUUUUCCCAGAGUUAAUACCUACAUUGGUAGAUGAAAAUGAAAUUGUAUAUAACAUUGAAAGUGGAUUUUAUUCCAAUGGACAUGCUGUUUUUAAAAAAGUUACAUUUUGUUCAUGUGCAAUAUUCAAGGUUUCCAUAGGUGGAAAAGACAUUGAUUUUAAUUCUAUACAUAUAGACAAAUGUUUCAAGUUCACUGAAGAAAGCAUAAAAAAUGUUAUGCAUAUUGUGAAACAAAUUAAUUUAUGCAACGGAAUAAAAUAUGAUAAAAAAAUGACAGUUGGAAAAUGCAGUGUCUUAGAGCAAUGGAAAUACCAUGAACAAAUUGAAUGCUCAAGACAAUUAAGAUCAUUGAAAUGUUUAAAAAUUGUACAAAUGAACACUGUUAUUAAAGCAUGUAGAAUUUGCCAAAAAAUGAGGGUUAAUGCCAUUAGAGAAAAGGAAAAUAUUAAUCCUAAUGAAUCUGAGGUUUCAUGUCAAUCCAUUAACCCUCAUAAAUGUGGAGUUUCAUCUGGAUCUUUUAACCCUAACGAAUGUGCAGUUUCAUCAGGAUAUGUCUCUAUUGAAGACAUAAAGAAAAUAUUUCCGCAAGCACCAAAUGAAAUGUUACUAAUGCUUGUAGAACAGUCAAAAAAUAUAAGUAGACGUCCAAAUGGCAGACGCUGGUCAAAAGAUUUCAUUUCUACAUGUCUGCAAUUAUUCAAUAGAAGCCCAAAGGCAUAUGAACUCCUUGAACAAAGUAAAAUACUGCUGUUACCAUCCAAAUCAGUACUUAUUUUGUACAAGAAUGCCAUUAAACAAGAUGCUGGAUUUGAUGAUGCAUGUUUUGAAUGGAUGCACGAAGAAGCCUUGAAAAAUGGAAUGGAUGAAGAACAUUGUGUCGGGGGGUUAAUAUUCGAUGAAAUGACAAUACAGACAGACAUUCAUUUUGAAAAUAACGGGGGACUACUUGAAAUGACUGGAUUUACGGACAUAGGACAGGAAGGUGACAUUUGCAAUAAACUUAGAAAUGGAAACUGUGACAAAUUAAUGGGAACACAUAUAUUGCAAUUAUUAUUUUUGGGUUUAAAUGGCUUUAGAUUCCCAUUUGCUCUCUUUGUUACAAAAGGAAUUCAGGCUUCAGAAUUAUAUGGUUUGUUCUGGAAAGCCAUAAGAUUGUUGUAUACAUAUGGUUUUAAAGUAUUGUAUACAUGCAUGGAUGGAGCCCAGUGUAAUAGGACAUUUUUACAUGUAUGUUUAGGUGACAAUCCGACAAGUUUUAUUUCAUCAAAUCCAUGCUACAAUUUUCCUGUAGUUUUCAUUAUGGAUAUUUCACAUGUAUUAAAAAAAAAAGAAAUAACAUACUAAAAAGUGGAAUUUCCAAAGGCAGUACAAGACUUUUAACCCUACCAGAUAAAAGUGAAAUCCACUGGCAAAUGUUCACUGACUAUUAUGCUUGGGAUCAACAAAAUGCAUUGCAGUUACAUAGAAAACUUACAUCAGAACAUUUUCAUAUGGAUAAUCAACUAAAAAUGAGAAAUUCUUUGGCUGAAGAUCUUUUAUCAUCCGAAAUGUGCCAUUGUUUUACAUUGUAUAAAAAUGCUUUAGGUGAAAAGGGAAAAAUACUCAAUGGUGUUAUUGAACUACUCCAACAGACUUCAAAAAUGGUGGAAAUUUUUAGAGACAAAAUGCCUAUUUCAAAUAAAAGUGAUAAACGUUUACUCAAAAUUUAAGAAGUAGAUGUUUGGUUUGUGCAAUGGGAAAACGGUAUAUUAAAUGACACAGAUAUUGCCAAAAAUAAAAAAAUGAAAUGCUUGAUGUCUAAGCAAUGUAUGGAAGACAUUCAUUCCUGUUUACAAGGAUUUCUUGAAUUAACUGAUAAUGUUUUUGCUUUGAAAACAAACAUUCCAAUAACACCAGCCAUGAUCAAUUCAGAUGUGAUUGAAAAUGUAUUUUGCCAACAACGUGCAACUAACAAUGGUGCAAAUGCCAAUCCAUCUGCGUACCAAUACAAAAAUUCAAUUAAUAGCAUUUUAUUGGGAGAACAAAAAAUUUCCAAAAAGGCCAAUGCUGCUAUGAAUGCUGAACCAGCAACACCACUAUUCAACAUAAGCAUGCCGAGUAAUAAUAACAAAAAGGCAAACAACUUGUCCAAAAAAAUCAUCUUAAAAGGCUGAUGAAUGUACGCAUUAACAAAGGCUUCAGCAAGUAACGCGGAUGGAAGUUGACAACACGCAAGCCUUCUACACUUCUCACUCUAGAAAUUGCCACGCCUAACUGCCCAGGUUGAAAUAUGGAGCGACAGUCGAUUUCAACACUGAAAUACAAUUAUAACAUUAAAAUUUAAAAGUUUUCAAAAACUAAUGAGAUUUAUAAUGUGUGUACAUAGUUUUACAUUAUUGUUAAAAAUCAUUGUGUGCAAUAUAAUCCAAUGUUAAAAAAAUGUUAAUUAUUGUUAAUUUUUGUUAAAAGACUAAACAAUAAUAUAUACAAUGCAGAAAAACAAAUUUCAUUUAAAUGUUUUAUAGUAUUGAAAUAAAUAUUUAUUUUGUUAAGUUUAUUUUUUUUUCGUGUAAACAAUAAUUAUACACGGUAUAAACAUGAUUAUGUUAACUUCAAAUUAUUAUUGAAAUUUAUUUAUUUAUUUAAUGUUCAUAUACAUAUAUAAUUAUGAAUUGCAUACUUCUCCAAUGUCAUUCCCUGUGACUUGUGAAUUGUCAGAGCAAAUGCAGGUUUUAAAGGGAAUUGCUCUCGUUCGGCAGUAACUCUAUUAUCCUUUGGAUUGAACACUGAAAUAACAGUACAUUUAUGUGGAAUGUUUG